AGCUGUUCCAUAAUGCAAAGAUAAUGGAGUACCACUGUACGGUGAUGGCACCACAGAUCCUGGACUUUGCAUGAAUUCAAAUUUGACAUGGAUAACGCAGAGGCUGGCAGUACAACAUUUGCAAGGCAAACAGUUGCAACCUUUCUGGUUAGACGUAUGAGGAACGUUUGAAAAAGGAAGAUGGUUCGGUGGUUUCACAGAGAUAUCUCGGGUAUAGAGGCGGAGAACGUUUUGAAGGCCCGAGGUGUCCAUGGCAGCUUCCUUUGCCGACCCAGCAAGAAGAAUGUGGGCGAUUUCUCCCUUUCUGUUAGAGUAGGGGAUAUGAUCACCCACAUCAGGAUUCAGAACACCGGCGAUUACUAUGACCUCUAUGGUGGGGAGAAGUUCGCUACUUUGGCUGAACUAGUGGAAUACUACACUGCAGACCAUGGGGUUUUACAGGAUAGAGAUGGGACAUUGAUCGAACUCAAAUACCCUUUAAACUGCUCUGAUCCCACUACUGAGAGAUGGUACCACGGUCACCUGUCAGGUCCAAGCGCAGAGAAACUGCUCCGCGAGCGCAAUGAAGCUGGAACUUUCCUGGUGAGGGAGUCGCUCUCCAAACCAGGAGACUUUGUGCUGUCUGCAAUGACCAAUGAUCAGACCAGUACUGGCAGAAGGGUCUCGCAUAUCAAGAUCAUGUGCAAUAAUGACCGCUACACAGUUGGUGGUAAAGAGAUUUUUGACACUUUGACAGACCUUGUCGAGCAUUUUAAACGUAGUGGCAUUGAGGAGUUAUCUGGCACCAUGGUUUACCUAAAACAGCCUUAUUACUCCACAAGGUUAAAUGCAGCCGACAUUGAGAGCAGAGUAAAGCAGCUGGACUUGACUUCAGAGAAAGAGAAAGCGGAAGGGGCUGAUAAAAAGUUAAAAGGCGGAUUCUGGGAAGAGUUUGAUACGCUACAGAAGCUCGAAACUAAGGUAACAAAGAGCAGAGAUGAAGGGAUGAGACCAGAAAACAAAAGCAAAAACAGAUACAAGAACAUCCUUCCCUUUGAUGAAACCCGGGUUAUCAUGGAGAACGCAGAUCCUAAUGUUGUCGGCUCUGAUUACAUUAAUGCCAACUAUGUUACAAACAAACUGAUGGAUAUUGAUCAACAGAAGGUUUACAUUGCGUGUCAAGGCUGCCUCUUGACCACCGUAAAUGACUUCUGGCAAAUGACAUGGCAAGAAAAGUCACGAGUAAUCGUCAUGACAACAAGGGAGGUCGAAAAAGGAAGGAAUAAAUGUGUGCCGUACUGGCCUACGACUCAAGGAGAGACCAAGGACGCAGGCAGAUAUUUGGUGACGUUACUAUCUGAGAAGGAUGCUACUGAUUACAAGGUCCGAGUGAUCGAACUCUCAGCUCCUCAUCGGAAAGAGCCAGCUAGGACCAUUUGGCACUACCAAUAUUUAAGUUGGCCAGAUCAUGGCGUGCCCCAGGAACCUGGUGGAGUUCUUAGCUUUCUGCAGCAGGUCAACUCGAAACAACUUGAAUUUUCCUCAUAUGGACCAAUGAUAAUUCACUGCAGUGCUGGUAUCGGACGAACAGGAACCAUUGUGGUGAUCGACAUGCUUAUAGAUGUAAUUGAUGCUAAAGGUCUGGACUGUGACAUUGACAUCCAGAAGUGUAUUCAGAUGGUUAGGGAGCAGCGGUCCGGCAUGGUGCAAACUGAGGCUCAGUACAAGUUCAUAUACAUGGCCGUGCUUCAGUAUAUAGACUCGACCAAGGUCACACGUAAAGCCGGCAUGGAAACAGAAACUGAAUACGGAAACCUCUCAAUUCAACCCAAACACCAAAAAGCCAGUCGCAAAGCCUCUGCAAAAAAAAAUGAAGAUCCUUAUGAGGGAGCCAAGGGAAAGAAAGAUGUCAAAAAACAGAACUCGGAGGAUAAGAAGAGUGGCUCUGUGAGAAAACGAUAAGAUUUAAAUAUCGCUUUUUGGUUGUACAGCUUUCUUAAAAAUAAUUCUUCCGCUGUCCUGCAGACAUUCUGUUUAAAAGCAUACUGAGCCAGAGGAUAUAUAAAGAAAGCCAAUCGUUUUGCAAAACUGUUAUUUGUCUUUGUUCAUCUUUAUUAUUUGAUCAUAAUAUUUUUUAAGUAAAGUUUUAUCUGGCGUAAACAGAUCGAUCAUGUGUUUUCUGUAACAUGUUGUUCUUGGUUUUAAUAAAAUCUCAAAGUUA